GCAUAGUCUACAACAACGAACUUACAUCCGCCUCGAGGUCUGAAACCGUAGAGGCCGACAAAAUGAAGCUCGUCAGGUUCUUGAUGAAAUGUGCGAAUGAGACCGUUACGAUUGAGCUUAAAAAUGGCACGAUUAUUCACGGCACCAUAACUUCAGUUUCGCCGCAAAUGAACACCGCGUUGCGUACAGUCAAGAUGACCCAGCGUGGCCGUGAUCCGAUUUCACUCGAUACCAUCAAUCUUCGUGGGUCGACCAUCCGAUACUAUAUCCUACCCGACUCUCUUCCCCUGGAUACUCUCCUGAUUGAUGAUGCGCCAAAACCAAAGAACAAGGCGAGAAAGGAGGCAGCAGAUCGGGGCGGAGCCAGAGGCGGAAGAGGUCGGGGAGGACCAAGAGGACGUGGGGGAUUUAGGGGUGGGCGUGGAAGGGGUGGUGGACGAGGCUUCUGAUCCCAGAGGGAAACGCGCUUGACUUGAGAACAAUGGCUUGUGCUAUCUUUGUGCAGCUCUAUCCAGCAGAGGGCUGGAGGUCUGGCAUCUAGCGGAGC